UCCAUAGGAGCUCCCCGAGUUCACUCAGCAUUUCAAAUUUCUCCCUCUGCCCCUCUCGCCAUUCUCCCAAAUCGCCGAGCCAAAUCCUGCAGAAACCACGCGAUUCCCCCAAAUCCGAGCGCCGCCGGCGGCAUGGCGCAGACUCCGAACCCCAGCCGGAGGUCCUGGGUGGGCCCAGCGCCGACCCCCUUCCUCACGCCACGCCCCGAGCGCCGGGAGCUGCGGUGGGCGGAAGCGGGCUCGCACAGCUCCGUGCGCCGCAGCGGGGUAGGCGCCGUCGGCGUCAACGGAGGGAGCGACAGAGACCGCGAGGCGAACGUGCAGGUCGUGCUCCGGUGCAGGCCACUAAACGAGGAGGAGCAGAGAGCGAAUGUGCAGAGCGCUGUCUCUUGCAACGAGAUGAAGAGGGAGGUUACAGUUCUCAACAGCCUCUUCAAGCAAGACGACAAGACAUUGACCUUUGACAAGGUGUUUGGCCCAAAAUCCCAGCAGAGAGCGAUAUACGAUCAUGCUGUUGCACCUAUCGUCGACGAUGUCCUUGAAGGCUAUAAUUGUACUGUCUUUGCCUUUGGGCAAACUGGAACCGGAAAAACUUAUACCAUGGAGGGGGAGAUAAUGCAGCAGGUGGGUGAGCUGCCAGCUACUGCUGGUGUCAUGCCAAGAGCAGUGCGCCAUAUCUUCGAUAUAUUGGAAGCACGGAAGGCUGACUAUAGCAUGAAGGUAACCUUCUUGGAGCUCUAUAACGAAGAAUUAACAGAUCUGUUGGCUUCCGAGGACCAAAGCAGAUUCCCUGAGGAUAGACAAAAAAGGUCUACUAUAUCUCUUAUGGAAGAUGGCAAGGGCGGGGCGGUCAUAAGAGGCCUUGAAGAGAUUGUUGUCAAAAGUCCCAGUGGGAUAUAUAGUCUUUUGGAACAAGGAUCAGCUAGGAGACGCACUUCUGACACUGCGCUGAAUAAGCAGAGCAGCCGAUCACAUUCUGUCUUUUCAAUAUACAUCUAUGUCAAAGUAACAACAAUAGGGAAUCAGGAACUCAUAAAGUGUGGGAGGUUGAACCUUGUAGACUUGGCAGGAUCAGAGAGUAUAGCUCGAUCAGGUGCAAAAGAGGUUAGAGCAAGAGAAGCUGGAGAGCUGAAUAAGAGCUUAUUGACACUGGGUCGUGUCAUCACUGCACUUGUGGAGCAUUCAGUUCAUGUACCAUACAGGGACAGUAAGCUCACGAGACUGCUAAGAGAAUCCUUGGGUGGAAAAGCCAAAACUUGCAUCAUAGCAACAGUAACUCCAGCUGUCCAUUGCCUGGAAGAAACUCUAGUUACACUUGAUUAUGCUUAUCGUGCUAAAAGUAUAAGAAACAAACCAGAGGUAAACCAAAAAAUCAAGUCUGUUAUGCUCAAAGAUCUUUAUCAAGAAAUGGAAAAAAUGAAACAAGAUCUGAAAGCCGCAAGGGAAAAGAAUGGAAUUUAUAUCCCUCAUGAAAGUUUUGUUCUAGAGGAGGCAGAGAAAAAGGCAAUGAGGGAAAAAGUGGACUGUUUGGAGCUUCGUCUGGAGAAGCAGAACAAAGAGCUCGAAAAAUACAAAAAACUGUACCUAGCAGAACAGGAGUGCAGGAUGAAUUUGGAAAUUCAGAAUACAGAGUUAAAGAUGAAGACUGAAAGUUGCAAGGAGGAAUUUCUGGAUCUUCAGGAAGCUCAUUCUAGAGCUGAAAUGUCUAUAAAGGAAAAGGAAUACAUAAUCUCAAAUUUACUACGUGCUGAGCACCAAAUUCUUGAACGUGCAAAGGGUAUGUGCGGCUCCUUCGAGAGUGCAUGUGGAGAUAUCGCUGAUCUUCAGAAUAAACUAGAAAGGCGAUCGAAAACUGAAUCUGAAACUAGAGGGUUAUUAUUCAAUUUUCGGUCUCAAAUGGAUCAGAGUCUUGGACUUCUUCAUAACACAGUUGUUGGAUCUAUUUGUGAGCAACGCCAAUUUUUGGAGUCUAUGAAUGAACAAAUGAAUUCAUACUUUUCAGCUAAAUCUGAGUUAGCGAACCAUAUGGAGAGAAGAAUCGCAAAUGCCAAAGAUAUGCAUGCCUCUGGUUUGCAAUGCAUGAACGAGCUUGCCAAAACUCUGAAGCUGCGAUCCAUCACAGACUCUGAGCAAAUGGAGCUGAAUAUAUCUUCACAUGCAAUAGCUGUUGGCAAUUUUCUAGCAGUGAUGGUUUCGGAGGCUGAACAAGUACAGACUGAAGUUCUAAGAUCCAUCUCUGAACUCAAGGAACUACUAGCCUUUUCUGCUAAACAGCAAGAAGUAGGGUUGCAAAAGAGUCUUACCUCAGCACAAGCCAUGUCGAAGACAUCAAUUGGUUUCUUUAACUAUAUCAGCACACAGGCAUCUAGGAUCAUGGAACUUAUGGAGCAAAGUCAAAGAGGAAGCUCCUCUCAGCUUGUUGAAUUUGAGAAGGGUUUUAAGGAACUUGCUAUUCAAGAAGAGCAAGCUGCUCUUAACAAGAUUGCUGGAAUUUUAGCUGGCUUGACAGCCAGAAAAACGACAAUGGUUUCAGAAUAUGUCGGGCAACUGAAUGAGAAAUAUAGCGAAGAGCAGAAACACAUGAUAUUGGAAAUGUCCAACCUACAACACGUUUCAGGUAAUGGCAUAAAGGAAGCUACAUCCUGUGCUGGAAAGAUAGAGAAACAGUUCCAAGAGGUUAAGUCAUCACAUGCCAACACCAAAGAUCAAAUGGGAGAUGUCUUGCAGCUAUGCUUGGAGAGAAGCAACCAUUCUGUUUCUUACUGGUCACAUACACAGUCAUCUUUAGAACAUCUAAAUAAGAGCUCGGUUUUGGAGGCUCAUGAUUUUAUAGGAGAGAGAAGAAGCGAAAAUGACAGUAUUAUCCAGGAGAUUCUGCUUCUUUCUGCACAGAACGAUGCAGGGUUUCAUGCCAUGACAUCUGAUAUUUUAGGCGCUUCAAAGAAUUCCCACUUACUGGAUCAUGAAACUAGAAAGACAAUGGAAGCUGUAACCACCUCUCUCUCGAAUCAUUUGGGAUUGCUGAAUGAAGAACACAGUCAAGGCACAGAAUCUAUAAGAAGCAUUACAAGUGACUGUGUUGAAAAGGAUUACUCGGUUAAUAGUCCAGUUCAUAAUCGGGAGCCACCAACCGGUGCAUACAGCUUCAAAUCAAUCGAGGAGCUGAGACCCUCGGUGCUAGACCUAGUGGCGAAAUUCAAAGCAGAGAACAAGCUGAGCGAACCGGACAAGGGCAAGCAAUACUCGGAUCAAAGGACACGUAGUGCUCCAAGAAGUCCUCUGAUGCCAGUCAAUCACUAAGAUCAGUGAAAGACAGUAGGGUAGAGUAGCGAACUGUAACAUGGCCCAGAUGUUGUGAAGAUGGCAAAGAUCCCUUGCCGACUUACCGCAUUGUUGCUAGAUUAGCGUGCACCAGCGAGAUGUUGCAGGUGCUUGCAAAUGUUUCUGAUCGUAGGGCAGCCAAGACCAGAAAUGUGGAGGGCAAUCGUUAUGGUGAUUGUGUGUGCGUAUAGAUCAAUUGAUCCUGGUAGUAUUUGGCUUCCCAAGCCUUCUUUCUAAUCGGUCAAAUAUGUUUCCUGGUCUA